AUGAUCAACUGCACCAACUGCACUCUCGCGGCGCAGUGGAAGGAGUGCGCUCUGGCCCUCGAGGUGCUGAUGUGCGCCUGCGGUGUCUUGGGAAGCACCGUCUGCUUGUGGUGUCUCAAGACCUGCGACAAGACGCAAGCAGGGACGAAGAUCCAGCUGUGCUCGCUCUUCGGAACCAACGCCGUCGUGUGCUUGUUCGCAAUGCCAGGGACCGCUGUGCUCGAGCUCCUGUUCCUCCGAAACAGGCGGGUCGAGCGGGCGACCGAGGUGGUCUUCGUGGUCCUGUACUCCAUGACUGCGUGCGUCGAUCAGCUGGCUCUGGCGGUGAUCGCCGUGUACAGACUGACAGCCGUCUACUUCCCGCUUAAGUACAAGCUGUGGUCGAGGCCGACUGUGGUUGUGGCGGUCGAGGUCGCUGUCACUGUGCCUGCUGUGCUGGCGCUGACGCUGGCCUUCCUGUUCCUGGAUUUCGAUAUGGGCGUUCCCACCGAUAACGCCUUUGGAAAAAUACUGUAUGGUGUGCUCUACCUGCUGCCGAUAACCAUCAUAGUGACUGCCUACGGUACCAUGGUGUCCAUAGUGGGCUUCCGGCGGUGCGGGAGGCGGGGCGACGAGGCUCGGGUCCUCAGCUGGGACCAGAUCAGCCUCACGAUCUGCGUCCUCAUCCUCAUGAACCUCCUCCUGGACUUCCCCCACGUCACCAUGCACCUCAUGGAGGUCAGCUGGAAGGAGCCUUCCUUCGUGAUCGUCCACGCCAUCUACCGCCUCCACUUCGCCCUGGACCCCCUCGUCUUCGUGGGUCUGAACCAGCGGUUCCGCCAGAAGGCGCUGCAGAGGGCCUUCUCGCUGGUGCCUGGCCGGUGCCUCCCGUCCUCCGAGUCCAGCGACCGCUCGCAAAGGAACACGGCCGUGCCAGUUUCUGUGCCUUGAAAUUUUCGUUUUGGAACCGACGCAAGUGUGGAAACGAUGUCGUUGUGUUGAUGCACGCUGAACAAAUUGUAAACAAAACUAACGAAGGACAAGAAAACACGAAUAUGCCUGAGGCCUUUUCGCUGUAUCGCUCAUCCAUGCCCUGAGGAAGCAAAACAGCGAAGAGGCCUUCAGAAUAUUCAUGGGGUUUCCUUGAUAUAUCCUUCUUUCUUUUGAUUACAUGUUGCUUUGUGGAUAAUGGUGAUAACGACGUUUAACCACGACAUGUGAAGAUUUUUUCCAUUUGCUUUUCGUGUUGUGGGCAUUACCGCGUCUUCUGUGCUGAUUACAAUUUCCA